UAUUUUCUUACCAAACAGACACACUCUUCAGAAGCACAGUCUCUCUCUCUUAGCUGUGAUUAAAUAUAUAUUUUCCCCAUUAAAUCUUCUUCAUCAUCUUCUUCCACUGCUUCUCCUUGUCUGUACUCUUAUUUUGUCGGUCAGAUCACACAAAAUCCCACAUUGCGCUGCACUAUUCUCGACUCUAUUGUGUAGUUUUUAUUUUCUUGGGUUUCUGUUUGAUCGGUAAUGCAUGGUUGUUUGGUAGUUAUAAGGUGAUCAGUGUGAGUUGAUUGAAGUGAAAUGGACCACAAGAGUAGUAGUUGGCUAUGGAGAAAGAAAUCUACGGAGAAGAUGAUUGUUUCAUCUGAUAAUAAACUUAUUAAUACUAAUAGUAGUAGUAAUGGUGUUUCUCCCAAGGAAAAUCACGAUGAGAUUCGAACAUUUUUUACGAUUAAUGCCGAAUUGGAGAAAGACCUUAAAAGUUUAAAUGAUAAACUUUCUUCUGUCCUGUCUGAGUGUAAAGCUAAAGAUGAGCUUUUAAAGAAACAAGAGAAGAUGAUCGAGGAAGCCAUGGCGGAAUGGGAGGAGGCAGAAGCCAAAGCCGUCUCUCUAAAGCUAGACUUGGAUGAAGCAUUACAGCACAGGCUUGCCGGAGAAGAACGGUUAAAUCAAAUGGAGGCUGCUCUCAAGGAGUGCAUGCAACAGCUGCGCUUUGUUCGAGAUGAACAGGAGCACAGGAUUCAUGAUGCUGUGAUGAAGGCAUCUGGGGAAUUUGAGAAGUCCCAAAUGAUUUUAGAGGAGAGUUUGGCAGAGACCAGCAAAAGAUAUGCAAAAAUGGGUGCGGAGAAUGCUCAGUUGAGUAAGGCUCUCUUAGCAAAGGAGAAGUCAGUUGAGGAUUUAACAAAACAAAGGACUCGGUUGGAGGCAGAUUUGAAUAAUCGGAUAGCUAGAUUAGAGUCCACUGAUAAAGAUAAUACUUCACUGAAGUAUGAAGUCCGAGUUCUAGAGAAAGAGCUUGAGAUUCGAAAUGAGGAAAUAGAAUUUAACCGUAGAACAGGUGAUGUAUCACAUAAGCAACACUUAGAGAGCGUGAAAAAGAUUGCAAAGUUAGAAUCAGAAUGUCAGCGGCUACGUGUGCUUGUUCGCAAGCGGUUGCCUGGCCCUGCUGCUUUGGCAAAGAUGAAAAGUGAAGUUGAUAUACUUGGAAGAGAUUCAGUUGAAAUGAGGAGGAGAAGAACGCAUUCUGGUUCUAAUGGCUAUAUCGUAGAUUCUGCAGUCGAUAGCUCUGCAGACACUCUCAGCAAACAGAUCAAUUUUCUGACUGAGCAGUUAUAUUCAAUGGAAGAAGAAAACAAGACUCUCAAGGAGGCAUUUAACAAAAAAGUGACUGAACUUCAAACUUCGAGAUCCAUGUUUUCUCGUGCAGCUUCCAAGUUAUCCCAAUUUGAUUUGCAUUUUGAUGGACUGUCAAAAAGCCAGACAAGCUUAGAGCUAUCGAGGAGUGGUCUUCCACCACGUGAGCUCUCUCAGGCCUCAAUGUCUGAUGUCGGCAGUGAUGACAAGAUUAGCUGUGCUGAAUCAUGGGCUUCUAAUUUGAUAUCAGAGUUAGAGCACUUCAAGCAUGGGAAGCAAAGGGGUUCAGUUGGAUCUUCAGACAUAAAUCUGAUGGAUGAUUUUGUUGAAAUGGAAAGGCUUGCAAUAGUAUCAGUUGAUCAGCAGUCUGGAAGCCCUCAUGUUUCAUCUGAUGAUGCAAAUGCACCUGUCAGCCCCAUUGAAACCCGUUUGAGUAGGGAGAUCAUUCCAUUAUUGAAGUCUGACCAGGAUCUCAAGUCUAAUGAAGCAUUUGGUAAAGCUCCUUAUUGGCUUCAGGAUAUUCUGAAAGUAGUGUCAGAGCAAACUCACCUCACACAAAGAAAACCUGAUGAGAUACUUGAGGAUGUUAGAAUGGCUUUGGCUGCAGAUUGUGCUGAUACGAGAGAGAGCUUGAAACAGCCUGAUGCACCACAUUCACCUAUAAAUAACUCAAUACCGAUAGAUUCAUCAUGUGCUGCAAAUGAUGAUGAUGUAUCGUUGACGGAUAGAAACGUCCAGCAGCUUCAGACAGAACUAGGCAAAUCAAUACAGAAGAUAACUGAACUUGUUGAAGGGAUGACUUUACCAAGUUACAGAACUUCAGAGGUCUCAUCUAGAAAGGAUGCGAGUUUCUUCCCAAAUAAGAAUGAAGCAUCUUCAGGGUACAUGGUUCGUGUUUUCCAGUGGAAGACGUCUGAACUUAGUGCUGUAUUGCAGCAAUUUGUUCAUGCUUGUUAUGAUCUUUUGAAUGGAAAAUCAGAUGUAAACAGGUUUGCCCAAGAAUUAUGUGCUGCUUUGGACUGGGUUGUGAAUCAUUGCUUUUCCCUUCAAGAUGUUUCAAGCAUGAGGGAUGCAGUUAAGAAGCAUUUUGAAUGGGAUGAAACGCGAAGUGAAGGGGAAACCGAGGUUGAAAUGACUGGUCAAUCUUCAGAAGUGGAUAGAUUGUGCCUUCAUGGCGAACAACUGGAAGGGAGGCUUCAGUCAGCUAUUAGUAAGAGCGAAACUUGGACAAAUCAUCCCCAGGAAGCAGAGAAAACUAUGGCAAACAUGCAAAAAGAGUUGGACUCUUUGAAAAUGUCAAAAACAAUGAUCGAAAAUCAAAUGGAAGAUCUGAAAACACAUCUCACAGAGGCCAGAGCAGAGUUAAAUAAGGCUUGCCAAAAGAUAUCUACCUUGGAAGUGGAACUGGAGCAUAAAAAUAGUUGCUGUGAGGAUUUGGAGGCUACAUGUCUUGAAUUGCAGCUUCAACUUGAAAGUGUAGCAAAGAACGAAACCCCCAAUUACGAGGAAGAAAAGCAGCUUCGAACAGAUUUGGAGAUUACAGCAGCUUCGGAAAAAUUGGCCGAGUGCCAAGAGACAAUUCUAAGUCUAGGGAAGCAGUUGAAGGCGAUGGCUUCACCGAGUGAUGCGGCCCUGUUCGAUAAGGUCAUCUCUAGCUCACCUGAUAGAAAUGGCGACUCGGUUAGCACAAGCACAAUGGUGAUUGCACCCCAGAACAAGCUCAUGAAUCAGAGGUCCUCUCUUCUAGAUCGGAUGCUGGCAGAGGACAACGCUACGACAAAGGACACUAGUGGCCCUACGAUCAAAGAAAGUGACAGCAUAAGGUCGGCCUUUAUUUCCGACAAGGUGAUUGAGCCGCUUGAAAAGAUCCUCAAUUUGAACGGAACUACUAAACAUGAGGAUGAUAAUGUUGCAACUAAGUCUUUGGCUAUUGUGCCUAGCAAGAAAAAGGAAGGUGGAAACUUGUGGAGGAAGUUAUUGUGGAGAAAGAAGAAAUCCAAGAGUAAAAAACCAGCAUUUUCAUCUGAUCCAUCAUGUUUUCAUGGUGAUUGCUAAUCUUAAGAGGAAACGUGGUGCGACAAGGCCUGUCUUUUGUCAAUCUUUUGAGUGAGAGUUUUGCAUGGCUGUGUGUAUUAAUUUUGUAGAUAUGACUGUCUAGACAAGUUUUUGCACUACAGCAAAAAUAAUUAUAGAAGUUGAAUAACACAGUAUUGGUGCUGCUAUGCUGUGAUUUUUUUUUC